UCGUCCACGACUGGUUUCCAAAUGUGGGGUCUGAUGGUCUCUCUGUCCUGCAGGGCUACAAAGGGGUUCUGAGGGCCUACAUCGCCACCCAGGGGCCCAUGCUGCACACGGUGGGGGACUUCUGGGACAUGGUGUGGCAGGAGAGGAGCAGCAUCAUCGUCAUGGUGACCAGACUGAAGGAGAACAACGAGAAAUGUGAGCCGUACUGGCCUCAGCCGAGGGACAGGACCAAGGAGGUGAAGCAGGAGGACGAGAAGGAGGAGGGCCACAGCGAGGAAGAUGAGGAGGAAGGAGAGAGGAGUCGGUUUGGUCGGUUCCUACUGAGGGUCAAAGACAUCCAGGAGAAAGACGGCUUCACCAUCACUGACAUGGAGAUCCAGCUGCACUCAGAGUCUCGUCCAGUCAGACACUACUGGUUCUGCUCCUGGCCCGACCACCACAUCCCAGAAUGCAUUGCUUCCCUGCUCAGGCUGGUGGAGGAGGUGGAGGCGUACAGGAUGAAAUCCUCCACCAGCUCUGAACCAAUCACGGAGCAGGUCUCCGGUCCUGGUCCGGUCAUCGUCCACUGCAGUGCUGGCAUCGGCAGGACCGGCUGCUUCAUAGCCAGCAGCAUCGGCUGCCAGCAGCUCAGAGAAUCGGGCCAGGUGGACAUCCUGGAGACGGUCUGUCAGCUUCGACUCGACAGGGGUGGAAUGAUUCAGACCACGGAGCAGUACCAGUCCCUGUACGCCACGCUGGCCCAGUACAGCCUGCAGCUACAGCAGAACCAGGAGCAGAACCAGAUUCAUUCUGCCACAGAACUCCAGAACCAGCUGACCCAGACGGAACGGGUCAGUUUGGAGAUGCAGAACCUGCAGCUAUAGAACAGAAACACUUGAAAGGAUCCAGAACCUGAAGCACCAGCAGCAUCUUCAAUGCAACCAGAGAACCGGACCCAGAACCUGAAGGCAGCAGGAUGGACACCAGCAGAGAACCCAUGGCCCAGCAGGACCUGAAGAACUGGAUGUUCUGUUCGGACUCCACAGAAUGUGGUACCGAAACAAAGAUGUUCAACCUGGAGUGAAAAUCUCUGAAAACUGAAUGUUUGAAAAAAUGAAAUAAAA